UAGAAACGUGUGUUAGCAGAGUUUCUUUGUUUUUAAAGUGUGAACAUGUCUAAAGUCCAAAUGCUGCGAUCGUUGGUGAAGCAGCGACUAACUGCGGCUGCUGAAGAGAUAUUUGGGCUGUUUGAAAGAACGAUAGCAGAGUACGAGGAGGAACUUUGUCGAUCAAAAGAGGAGAACGAGCGACAACGGAAACUACUGGACGCUGUUUUCAACCCUCAGCUUCGGUUACACAGAGCAGACGUCCAGCAGCUGUUGGUGGUUAAAGAAGAGGUUCCCCCUGAGCAGCAGGAGUGGAGCUCCAGUGUGGACCAGGAGGACCCAGUGCCUCCACACAUUAAAGAGGAACAGGAGGAUCUCUGGAUCAGUCAGGAGGGAGAGCAGCUUCAAGGGCUGGAGGAGGAUGAUAUCACCAAGUUCACAUCCACUCCUGUCCCUGUGAAGAGUGAAGAUGAUGAAGAGAAACCUCAGUCCUCACAGCUUCAUCAAAGACACACUGAACAGAUGGAAACAGAAGCAGAGGGAGAGGACUGUGGAGAACCAACCAGGAACUCAGAUUUGGAUAGACAUUUACAACCUGAGACUGAUGACAAGACUGGGGCGUCUUCUGAACCAGAGACUGAUGACAGUGAUGACUGGAAGGAGACCAGAGAACCUCAGUCAGGUUUAAACUCUCUGAAAAAUGAUCAAGUCUCUUUCAGUGAUUUGAUUGUUGGUGAGAAACGAUUUAGCUGCUCUGAGUGUGGGAAAAGAUUUGGUCAGAGGGGACAUCUGACGAUUCACAUGAGGUCUCAUACAGGAGAGAAACCAUUUAGCUGCUCUGAGUGUGGGAAAAGAUUUAGUCAGAGGGGAAAUCUGACGAUUCAUAUGAGAUCUCAUACAGGAGAGAAACCAUUUAGCUGCUCUGAGUGUGGGAAAGGAUUUUGUCACAGUGGAGAUCUCGAGAGGCAUAUGAGAACUCAUACAGGAGAGAAACCAUUUAGCUGCUCUGAGUGUGGGAAAAGAUUUGGUCUUCGCGGAGUUCUGAAGGAGCACAUGAUAGCUCAUACAGGAGAGAAACCAUUUAGCUGCUCUGAGUGUGGGAAAAAAUUUGGUUACAAUGGAGAUCUGAGGAAACACAUGAGAUCUCAUACAGGAGAGAAACCCUUUGGCUGCUCUGAGUGUGAGAAAAGAUUUUAUCACAGUGGAGAUUUGAAGAAACACAUGACAUGUCAUUCAGGAGAGAAACCAUUCAGCUGCUCUGAGUGUGGGAAAAGAUUUGGUGAAAAGGGAAAUUUAAAUAAACACAUGAGAUCUCAUACAGAAGAGAAACCAUUUAGCUGCUCUGAGUGUGGCAGAAGAUUUGGUCUCAGAGGAGAUCUGACGAGACAUGUGAGAACUCAUACAGGAGAAAAACCAUUUUGCUGUUCUGAGUGUGGGAAAAAAUUUAGUCGUAGUGGAACUCUGAAGGACCACAUGCGAUCUCAUACAGGAGAGAUGCCAUUUAGUUGCUCCAAGUGUGGGAAAAGAUUUGGUUACAGUGGAGAUUUGAAGAACCACAUGAGAUCUCAUUCAGAAGAGAAACCACUUAUCUGAUGCUAGUGUGGAAAAAGAUGUGGUCAAAAUCUGAAGAAACACAAGAUCUCAUACAGGAGAGAAACCAUAUAGCUGCUCUGAGUGUGGCAAAAGCUUAAGUAAAAGUGGAGAUCUGAUGAGACACGAGAUCUCAUACAGGAGGAAAAACAUUUAGCUGUUCUGAAUGGGGAAAAAAAGAUUUGGUCAAAAGUUAUAUCUGCUGGAACGCAUGAGAUCUCAUACAGAGAGAAACCAUAUAGCUUCUCUGAGUGUGGCAAAAACUUUGGUAAAAGUGGAGAUUUGAAGAGACACAUGAGAUGUCAUACAGGGAAAAAAACAUUUUGCUGCUCACUUUGUGGGACAUCAUUUACACAAAGUGGAAAUUUACAUACACACAUGAAAAUUCAUGAAGGAGAAAAGUGAUUCAGCUGUUGAGUCUGGAAAAAAAAUUAUUUUGAAUAAGAUUUCAAAAACACUCAUGAGAAGUCAUACAGGAGAAAGUCUUUUUAAUUUCAGUGUCUGUAUGAAAUCUUUUACACAGACUGGACAGUUACACAAACACAUUCAAACCCACACAGGAGAGACACACUGAAGCUGCAGUGUUUCUCACUGAAGAUUCACUUGGCCUAAAUCUUUUUCAACCUGAGACUCGGGACAAGAGCAGUACAUCAUGUGAUACACAAUACUGAUCAAAAAUAGUUAAGUUACUUAGUGUGUGGUAAAAAGAUUUGUCCGUUAAAGAUGCUCACAGUAUUUAUAGUCCACAACUCCUCUGCAGAGCCUCUCCCAUCUUUCCUACUCUCAUUUUUUGUGCAGACCAUUCCCCACUGACACUCUCAUUGUUAAUACUUGAAAACAUCCAGGGACCAUACACGUGGCAGCUGAACCCAACUUUGCUCAAAAAGCUGAUUUUUGUAAAUUCGUGAGAAACCAAAUUAAGUUCGUCUGUGAAACAAACUGUGCCUCUUCCCCCAGUAGCUUUGUAUUGUGGGACACAAUGGAAGCCUUCUUAAGAGGGCAGAUAAUUUCUUAUACCAAUAGUUUAAAAAGACAUGGCUAAAAUGAAUGAGCUUGAGAAACAAGUCCUAUAUUUGGAAUAAGAACAACAUAUGUCACGCUCAAGAGAGACCUACUAAACUUGAGUAAACAAAAACCUCAAAUAUAACCUAUUGAACACAUACAGAAUAGAAAUAAAUAUUCUUUGAACCAAACACAGAUGCUAUGAAUUGGGGGGAAAGGCGCAGAAAGUCUUGGCUUGGCAGUUGAAGAAAUCAAGAAUUGUUAAUUCCAUAGAGACUGAAAAUGGGACUGUAGCAAGAAACCCAAAAGAAAUGAAUGAUUGCUUUAAACACUAUUAUUUUGCAUUAUAUACAUCAAAGUCCACAGGUGACCCUACCACAAUUGAUACGUUCUUAUUAACUAUUGAACUACCAAACUUAACGGAGAGUUCCAUCAGUUAACGCCAUAGACUGUUGGAGUGGCUCUAGAUGUGACAGCGUUGUGAUUGGACACCAAACAAUCAAUCAGAAUUGACAUUCUCCGAUCUGAUUGGUUGGUUUUGUGGCACAAAUAUAACGCUGUGCCAGUGUUGAAUGUGUGUGCUGGCAGACUUGAGCAUGCACAGAGUGGAGAGGUUGAGAGAGAGCAGGAGACCAUUUGAGUGAGUGUGGACUAGUCUGACUGCGUGAGAGGGGGGUUAUUGCUGCACGCUAAUAUAGAUAAUGGUAAACAUGCAAAUAAAUUUAUUGAGCACAGAAUAGGGUUUUUUUUGCUCAAAAAAAUAAAUUGUGUGCAUAUAAUUUCUCCUCAAAAUGUAGUUUAUGUGCGUGUAAAACAUAUUGUUCUGUGCUCGAAAUCUCAAACAACUCGCUCAGGACUGUGGCACAACUAUAACGCCAUAUAGAUCAAGGUCACGGUGAUUCAGUCUGCAAAGACAUCAUCAAUAUCUAUGUAAGCAUAUGAUGUCAUCUGGAGACUUUAAGUGACUUGUUGUGAACUACAGCCAAGAAAACAAUACUAUUAAGAAUCAGAAACGAAAUCAUCAUCUUCCAAUGGUUGGGUCAACAAACGCAGCAGAUAACAAUGGAACAACACUCAGCUCUGAAAAAAAGUUAUAGUGAUGGACUAUCUGUGUAAACUGCCCAUCAAGAUAUUAAAGGCUGGAUGUAACCAUUCUGAUGUUAUACUUAUGGAUUCCCUGUGUAAACUGUCUACUAAUAUUUAGUGAUCUUAAUUUUGUGAACUUGUAUACAUGCUUUGUAUGGAUUUUAUCAUUGUCUUUCUCUUUUACCAUCCUUGUAAUAUUUUACUGAGCUAACUAAUGGAUAGGGGUAUACACUGUAAAGUGCCUUGAUUAAGCCCCUCUGUUUUUUUGCAUCUCCCCAUCAUAUUUCUGUUGCUCAUGUAUGACUGUUUUUUGUAUAUGUGAAAACAAAUAAACUAAACUAAUAAA